AUGCUUUAUUCAUUAAAAUUCAUUAUGUUUAGUUAUAGAAUAUAUUAAAGGAAUGAAUGUAUAAGAAUUGAUUAAAUAUAUAUGAGAAAAAUUAAUAAAUAGAAGAAGAAAAUAUAAUGGAAAAUGUUGAUAGAUCUACUAUCAGUGUUAAGAUAUUUACAUAUUGAUAAGAACAUUGUUCAUAGAGAUUUAAAUCCUACAAUAUAAUGGUAGAUUCAUCAUAUUCAAUUAAAAUCUGUGAUUUUGGAUUGGCUAAAAUUUUUAAGAAGAUAUCAUCAAUAAUUCAUUUGUUGGAACAUUAAUAUACACUUGUCAAUAAAUAGUAGAGAAUAAGGCGUAUUCUGAGAAAGCAGAUGUUUGGGCUUUAGGAUGUAUAUUAUAUGAAAUUCUUUAAUAAAAGCCUGCAUUUUAAUCUGCAAAUCCUUUGAUUCUUGCAAAAAAGAUUGUUUAAUUAGAAUAUGAAUAAAUAAAUUAAGGGAUUUAUAGCAACGAAUUAAUAAAUAUAGUUUAGUUAUGUCUUUAGAAGGAAGAAGAUAAAAGACCAUCAGUUAAUGAAUUGUUAGAAAUGAUAAGUUUAAAGAUGAUUAUUUUAAUGGAUAAUAUAAAAUAAGAGAAAGAUGAUUUGAAAAGUGAAUUACAAGAUUUAUAUUCUAAAAUCAAUGAUUAAUAGUAUGAAAUAAAGAAAGAAUAAUAAGAGCCAGGAUUAUAAGUUUGGAAUAUAUUUUAGAAACUAUUACAUUUAUCACUUCAUGAUAAUAAAACUAUUAAUGCUAAGAAUUAAUAUUUGAUUGAAUAAUUUAGAAAAAAGAUAAGUAAACCAGACUAUGAAAUUAAUAUUUAGACUGAAUUAACUAAAUUAACAUCUUUGUCAAAAGAAUUUAUAUCAUAUUUACCAAAGAUUACUUAUGAACAACUAUUUUUUAUAAUUGAGACUGAAUGUAAUAAUAAUAAAUUUGAUUGUAUUUUUUUUUGUUAAAUUAAUCAAUCUUAUAUUAAAUAUUUAUGA